CAGGCAGUUUGUCUCGGUUUGUCUCCGUCUGCGCGUAAGAACAAGUGCUAGAAUGGUGUAGAUUUUUGGCUGGCUCUGUUGCUAUCGUGUGCUGUGCGGCAAUGUGAGCGAUUCCUGCACGCUAUAACUGCGCUAGUCCUGAAAAAAAUAGACUCGCACAGUCGAGAUGUCGUCGAACCUUGUGUUGGGUAACGUUGUAAGUGAUAACUCCCAAGAUGUAAGCGAAGCAUCGCAAGCACCAGAAUCUCCACCGACAAUUGGAAAUGUGAAGUGUGCAUUUUCUAAUUCUGAUGGUGAAUCGGCACCUAGGCCUGCCCCAGCUGUGCCCCAUGCUAGCCUUAAGGUCAGCACUUACUUGCCUGAGCAUUUGCAGAAGAGACGCAGCUCAUCUCGGUCCAUAAAGCGCAAGAAGUUCGACGAUGAGCUUGUCGAGAGCAGUCUCAUCAAGACACCUCGUACACGGCCUUUGCCUGGUACUCCUUCAACAUCACUGACCCAAAGCGUUGCCCCUGUCGGCAGCUCGGGUUCAGCACCAGUGCUUGCCAGUUACUCUGACAGCAGUCAGGUGGAGUCAAUUGUCCCCCUGUAUUCAGAGAGGAAAAAGACAUCAAAGUCCACACCAAAGCGAGUGAAAAAGUCUUCCAAGAACACACAGGCCUUGGUCACGAAGGACCUUGGUCGAUGGAAGCCUCUUGAUGACUAUACUCUUUGUUUGGCCAUACAACAAACAACAAACCUGGAGGCUGUGUUCCGUGGAGUCAAAUUUUCCUGCAAUUUCACUCGACAAGAAAUCAAAGAAAGGUGGUAUGCGCUGCUGUAUGACCCUGUUAUAUCCAAAUUGGCUGUGACCUCAAUGAAACAGCUCCACCCAGAUGUUUUGGCAAGUGUGCAAGCCAAAGCCCUUUAUAGUAAAGAAGAAGAGCGCAUCUUGUGCACCAUACCAUCGACUUCGCAGCCCACACUUGAGGAUUUCCAACAACUUCUCGUGAAACAUGCAGACGUAUUUCUGUCUUCACGCACACCCAAGGAGUUGUUGCACCAUUGGACAUUAAUGAGGCAGUAUUUCCUCUUUCCCGAACAAAUGGCACCUCAGAGAGAAGAAGGGGACCGAAUACUCAACCUCUCUGAUGCAGAAGACGAAUUCGUAGAUGAGCAGCUCGUUGGUUGGGUGAAGGAUGAAGUCAUGGAUCACGAACGCCAUCUACUAGAGCGCAAUGCCCUGCAAGAGAUUCGUCAGCUGGAAAAUGAACUACCAAAGUGGCAUGUGCUUGUGGACAGUGUCACUGGUGUAUCGCCACCUGAUUUUGACAAUCAAACUCUUGCUGUACUUCGUGGUCGCCUUGUACGGUACCUUAUGCGAUCUAAAGAAAUAACGAUUGGACGUAUGACCAAAGACAAUGUCAUCGAUGUUGACCUGUCUUUGGAGGGCCCUUCGUGGAAAAUAUCACGUCGUCAAGGUGUGAUCAAGCUUCGCAACACUGGGGAAUUUGUCAUUGCUAAUGAGGGCAAGAGGCCAAUCUUCAUUGAUGGCAAGCCAGUUCUAGCUGGCAACAAGCACAAGCUGAACAACAACUCUGUUGUGGAGGUAACGAAUUGCCUUUCCUUGUUGUGUGUUAUUUCUCUUCCUGCUCUUUGUUUUAUUUUACUUUAAGUUUACUUCAUAAUA